AUGUUGUGUGGCUGCUGCAGCUGCUGCAGCAGCAAGGCAUCUGCUGCAGUGGCUGUCCUAGCUCAGCACCUAGGAGAGAACUACGCUGUCACUUCUGCGGGGAUUGCUGCUGCUGCAGCUGUUGCAACCAGGGAGGCAGCAGCUGCUCGCCACUGCUACCCAAGGAAGCAGAAACACAGAACCUGCAGCACUACGAAGCAAACGAGGAAGUCUGCUGUUGCCCUUUGCUCCGUCACCUCGAACUUCUCCGGGCUCACGAGCUGCAGCAAACAGCAGCAGCAGCAGCAGCGCAUGCAGCAACACAUGGACCGCCUAUCAGACCAGCACCUAAGGGAGCUCUCAGCAGCAACAGGGAGCAACACCGCCAUUAACCAGCGGCAGCAGCAGCAGCAGCAGCAGCAGCAGCAGCAGCAGCAGCUUGCGCACCUGUGCGCGGAGGCAGCCUGUGAGGGCCGCUGUGCCGCCGCAGGAGAAAAGGGCAGCAACGAAGGCGUGCUUCGGAAAGGUGGUGCCCGAGACCAGUGGCAGCACCAGCACCAGCACCAGCAGCAGCAGCAGCCACGCGAGGAAGGCGUCAAGCAGGUAUAUAUGCCACUGGUAACUUGUGGUGUACGCAGACCAGCAAGUUCGACACAAAUGGCCCAGGCUGCUGCGGCGUUUGCUGCUGCUAGUGCAGGGUGGCCCCUUUGUGGCUCCAGCUUGACUGGGGCUAACUUGCUGUGGCUCAGGUGCAGCAGCUGCUGCUGCAGCUGCUCUGCUGCUCUGUUGCUGCUGCGACUGCGGCGAGCCGCGGUGACGGGGCUUCAUGAUGCCGUCCUGUCCGAGGGACUACCGCGAAGCCUUGGGUGCAGCAGGAGCAGCAGCAGCGGCAAGCAUAGCAGCAACAGCAGCAAAGGGAACUGCUCACCGUGGGGCCCUGGCGGGCUGGGCCGCCUCUUGCCACAGUGGUGUCUUGUGUCUGUCUGUAAAUUACAUUUGAAUGCGACUCAACAGCAGCAGUAG